ACAUUACGCCUCUCUCAAAACAUUUUCUCUCCUCUCUCCCUCCGUCUCUCUCUCUAGUUAUAUAUGCAUCUAUUUAUCUUUAUAAAAUCAUAUGGCUGCAGAUAAAAAUCUACUAUAGAUUCUUUCCUGUUCUCAGUAUUAUUCUGCCAGACGUUCGUGCUUAUUCUUUCAAUAACUCAGGAAGCUAGUUGAUGAACCAAGUCUGAGGGCCUUGAUAAAAUUGUCGCAGAGUGCCUUAAACCGGAUAUCCAAGAUUGUUGUUAGAACUAAUAGAGCCUAAUUAAGAGUAGAAUUGUUUAAUUAAUUGAAAGAAAUGGCAUCUCUUACACCUGGAGUGUUACUUAAGCUUCUUCACAGUAUUGAUUCCAACAUUAAGGUUCGUGGUGAACAUCGAUCCAUUCUUCUGCAAGUUAUUAGCAUUGUCCCUGCUUUAUCUGGAUCAGAGUUGUGGCCAAACCAGGGGUUCUUCAUCAAAGUCUCCGAUUCAUCUCAUUCCACGUAUGUAUCACUAUCGAGGCAAGACAAUGAGCUAAUUUUGAACAAUAAACUGCAGCUUGGUCAGUUCUUUUAUGUUGACAAAUUGGAGGCUGGAAAUCCUAUUCCAGUUCUAGUUGGUGUGAGGGUUGUUGCAGGACGUCAUCCGUUUGUGGGGAAUCCAAAGGAUUUGAUGCAGAUGUUAGAUUCCUCUCAGGAAUCAAUUCGAGAAGGCUUCAACAGCUCAAAAUUAAAUGAGUUGGCUGAAGCAAGAGACGAGAGUGCAACACAGAAAAUUGUAAUAAAGAAGGAAAAAACAGCUGUUGCAUCAAGGUACAUGCAAGGUGUCUCAACAUGUAGCAGCAAAUUAAGUAGAACUGACUCUACUGGUUCUGAAAACAUUGGGAGUGAGAGCGGUUCUGCAUCCAAGAAGGUUGGAACCUUGAAAGGCAACGAUCACGAGCUGAAAGAGCAGACUCGGACAACUCCUUUGCUGAACCGCAUUACCUCACAAGCUGCAAAGCAAAAUUCUACUAUUAAUGAAACCAAGGAGGUCUUGCAACUGAAAAAAGACCUGGAUACUAAACGUGUAACGAGAAAACAAGAAAAUGUUAACUCAAACUACAUAUUAGGAAGAAGAGAGAAAAAGCAACCUUUGGGUGCUAUCUCCUGGCCUUCCCUCCCUAGCAGGCUUUUGAAGCCGGGAAAGGAAAUUCUUAGAAGAGCAAAUAUAGCUUCUUUGGUGGCAGCUGAAGCUCAGAAGGAAUCAGCACAAGCAGCAACUCUGGUCACUUGCCUGAGAAAGUUUGGUGAUCUAUCAGCAUCUGCCUCACUGAAUGAUCCUCAUCUCUGUCUCACCAAAUUCUUUGCACUUUACCAGCUCAUUGAACACCCAAAUUUCACAACACAACCCAAAAGUAGCCCACCUCAUAACAAUGCAUGUAAACCAUAUAGAGACAAAUCAAAUAAACGUGAAGUUCGAAAACAGGGUAAAAGUAUGGUGAAGUCACCUAAGCCCACAAUACAGAUAAGCGAGGCUGAUAAACUAGAGUGGGCAAAAACAGAUGGUUUGACGAAUAUUGAAGAACUAAGAGAAAUACUCCUCAGAGAAACACAAAUUUGGUUUGUGAAAUUCUUGGAAGAAGCCCUUGAUGCUGGAUUCCGGGUGAGUAGCCGAGACAAGAAAGGAAAAGCCAAUGUAGCACAGCAAACGGAACAGAAUAGCCACAUUGCUGUCACACUAUCACUGCUUAAAAGUGCAAAUGGGUGGCUGGACCAAUUAGGAACUGAUCUUUUUGUAGAGAAAAAUGGCUUAAGAGAAACAGUUGAUCGGUUAAAGCAGAAAGUGUAUUCGUGUUUGCUUUUACAUAUGGAUUCAAUUGCAUCAGCUUUAGAAAAUCAGCCCGGACGUGCUUAAGUUAACCAAUAUUAUGUUUUCUGUGACCCUUUCUCCAGGGUGUAGGAGUUAUUUAAUUUAUUUAAACCUUGUAAUUCAGAGACAAAACCUUCAUUGUGGAGAAUGGUCACUGACUCACUGUCCUCCACAAAAAUUGUACUCCCUUACACAGUCACUAUAACUUAUGUUCGAAAGCAAUAUAAAUUAUGAUAUUUUUCAUUGUU